CAUUCUCUCAAAUACGCAGUAUUUACGUUGGUUGCGUCACGUUAUGUUUAAAAGAACAACGCAGAUUUUCUUUAGGCUACCCUUACUUUUUCAGGCUGGGCGCUUUGACGAACGCGCUCUCUGACAGGCAUGCAGGGAGCGUGCAACGCUACUGACGCACCGACGCAAUGCUUCUUUCUUAUUUCACCUCACUACUUCCCUGUGCCUUGCUUAUUCCACGAGACGGGGUUUACCCGCAUCAGACCCUUAUAUAGUUAUUGAUUCUCUCUCACCCCCCCUCUCUCUCUCGCUCGCUCGCUCUCUUUUUCUCUCUCCCUCUCUCUUGCCUUUCUUGAAGUAGCUCACUGCAGAGAUAGAACUGCAACGGGGAAAACCUUACCGGCAGCAACUAGCCUACCUCAAUUUCUUGCAUUUUAGGGGAUACAACUUAAUUAAAAUUCUCUACGCGCUAUCAGCAAGGCUUUUAACAAUGGGUUGUUAUUGCACUUCCAUCUACGUUGCACCUUAAACGGUUUAUGGAUGAUUGCCGCAGCAGGGCCUGGUAGUUUCGAGUGGUGACUGCAGACUGCCUGGGGUGUCGUGACCCCAUCACUUCAGCAGCCUCUCUCAGUGAGGCCCUGAGGCCCAGCAUGGACGACGCUGACAGAGACAACAGGACUUCCCUGGUGAGGGGGGCCAAGGACAUGGCCAAGGAGGCCAAGCGCCACGCCACCAAGAAGGUCGGUAAGGUGGUGGACCGGGCAUCAGACGAGUACGCCCAGCGCUCUUACAACCGCUUCCAGGACGAGGAAGAGGACGAUACCGGUGGUGAUGGGUAUUAUCACCAGGGCAACUACAAGGGGCAGCCGGCCAACGACGACGAGGGCUCCAGUGACGCCACCGAGGGCCACGACGACGAGGACGAGAUCUAUGAGGGCGAGUACCAGGGCAUCCCCAAAGACGGGCAGCCCAGGGACGGGCAGGUGGCCCUGGGCCAGCCGAUGUCCGACGGCCUGAAGGACCGGAAGGAGCUUGAGACGGAGCGGCAGGCCGACGAGGAGGAGCUGGCACAGCAGUACGAGCUCAUCAUCCAGGAGUGUGGCCACGGCAGCUUCCAGUGGCAGCUCUUCUUCACGCUGGGCCUGGCGCUCAUGUCCGAUGGCGUGGAGGUCUUCGUCGUGGGCUUUGUGCUUCCCAGCGCUGAGACCGACAUGUGUGUCCCCGACUCCAGGACCGGCUGGCUAGGCAGCAUAGUGUACCUGGGCAUGAUGGUGGGGGCCUUCUUCUGGGGGGGCAUGGCGGACAAGGUGGGCCGGCGGCAGUGCCUGCUCAUCUGCAUGUCCAUAAACGGCUUCUUCGCCUUCCUGUCGUCCUUCGUACAGGGCUACGGCGUCUUCCUGUUCUGCCGCAUGAUCGCCGGCUUCGGGAUCGGAGGUGCGGUGCCCAUCGUCUUCGCCUACUUUGCGGAGGUUCUGGCACGCGAGAAGCGGGGAGAGCACCUCAGCUGGCUCUGCAUGUUCUGGAUGAUCGGCGAGAUCUACGCUUCGGCCAUGGCCUGGGCCAUCAUCCCGCACUACGGCUGGAGCUUCAGCAUGGGCUCGGCCUACCAGUUCCACAGCUGGAGGGUGUUCGUGGUAGUCUGUGCUCUACCCUGCGUCUGUGCAGUCGUGGCCCUCACCUUCAUGCCCGAGAGUCCUCGCUUCUUACUCGAGGUGGGGAAGCACGACGAGGCCUGGAUGAUCCUCAAACAGAUCCACGACACCAACAUGCGAGCGCGGGGACAACCGGAGAAAGUCUUCACUGUUAAUAGAAUCAAAAUCCCAAAACAGAUUGAUGAGUUAGUGGAGAUGGAGUCAGAAUCCGCAAAUGCUGUAUCUAAAUUCGUCUUCAGAGUGAAGACGGAACUUCGUGGGAUCUGGGUAAACUUCCAGAAGUGCUUCAACUAUCCAGUGAAGGACAACACAGUGAAACUGGCCAUUAUCUGGUUUACCUUGUCAUUUGGGUACUAUGGUUUGUCUGUCUGGUUCCCUGAUGUCAUCAAGCACCUGCAGGCCGACGAUUACGCAUCCAAAGUGAAGAUCCACACCAACGAACACAUUGAGGAUUUCACUUUUAACUUCACUCUCGAGAACCAGAUUCACUCCAACGGCUUAUUCGUUCGUGACAGUUUUGUGAAUAUGAAAAUGAAGUCCGUCACAUUCAUUGACUCCACGUUUCGUGAUUGCCACUUUGAGGAUAUCUCCUCUGUGGGCUCCUUCUUCCGCAACUGUACUUUCAUCGGAACUUUCUUCUUCAAUACAGACAUUGAUGACUCCAAGCUCAUCGGGGGAACUGAGGUUAUCAACAGUACAUUCAUUCACAACAAGACAGGCUGUCAAAUGACAUUUGAGGACGACUACAGCGCCUACUGGGUUUACUUUGUCAACUUUCUGGGAACCCUUGCUGUGUUGCCAGGCAACAUAGUAUCUGCUCUUCUCAUGGACAAAAUAGGGCGCUUGUCUAUGUUAGGUUUUUCCAUGAUCCUGUCUGGGAUCAGUUGCUUCUUCCUGUGGUUUGGCACCAGUGAGUCCAUGAUGAUUGCCAUGCUCUGCCUCUACAAUGGUCUGAGCAUAUCCGCCUGGAACUCACUGGAUGUGGUCACUGUAGAGCUCUUCCCUACAGACAGGAGAUGCACUGGUUUUGGCUUCUGUAACGCCCUGUGCAAGCUGGCGGCGGUAAUGGGGAACGUGUUCUUCGGCUCUCUGGUGGGCAUCACCAAAGCCAUCCCCAUCCUGAUGGCCUCCUCCGUGCUGGUCUGCGGGGGCCUGGUGGGGCUGCGGUUGCCUGACACGAGGAACAACGUGCUCAUGUAACCCAGUCCACAGAAAACACCAGGAGAGCUGUGGCAGCGGGCAAAAGGUUUAACCCAGCUAACCAGGCAGAGAACCCACAUUUACUCUAUGUCAUAUCUCAUGUCUUACUCUAUGGUUUAACUUGGUCAGACACAUCUCCCAGAUGUUUAUUGUGAAGGGGACGGCUCGCAUUGGUUUUCCAAUUAAGUGUACUUUUAUGACAGCUUUUUGUGUAUCACCUAAUACCCUUCAGCAGUAAUGUGUACCCAACCCUGCAGUUGCCAUAUUCCGUCAGGCUGGAGCUCAAUAGAUGUUAUUAUACAUAGCAUUAGAAAUUGCUUGGACAAAAUCAAUCUUCUCUGACUAAAUCUACAGUUUACCAGUAAAACUUUUUUUAUGAUUACGUAACCCACCUAAACCAUGUGUCAGGUUCCCAAUAUAGCUGUUGUGGGCUGUGAGUGUCUGUUGCUCAGUCUAUGAAUGGUGUGAGUAAUGAUGUGCCUCCAGCUCCUGUUGCUCCCCGUGUAAAAACAAGCUGUAAUGAGCACCUGGAGCCUGCUGUGUGGGCCUUACAGUCAGGGCCCCAGUCAGCCCUGUAGAGAGGGGCAGGUGAGCAAGGGAUGAUAGAGAGGGAGGGAUAGAGAGGGGGGGGGGGUAGAGAGGCAGAGGCGGAGAGGGGGUCACACAUGGAACUGCUGUGGCACAGCUGGCAGAACAGAGGAGAGGAGAUAGCUGAAGACUCGGGUACGGGAGUGGGGGCAAAGACGUGCCAAUCAUGUUUUUACAUGCCACUUAAACUCCUCACCUGCCACGCUGUUAGUGUUCCAUGUAAACAUGCAUUAUGUGCUGUGAGACUGACAUCUGUGAUUUUUGUUGUUGUGAUUUUUUUGAAAAUGAAGAGGUUAUGGAAAUGCUCUGUGCUGUCAGGAAAAAAGGACUGUAAUUUGUGGUUCUGCUAAUUAAUUCUAUGUGUUAUGAUACGGUUGUACAGUUUAGAAAUGGAUUUCUUUCUAGGUGUAGUUGCAAAAGUCUCUCAGCCGGAAAAGUUUUGUUUUGGUGUCAGAUAGAAGUAUUUCCCACCAUUGGGAACUACUCAGUUAAAAUAGAAACGAAAGGAUGGUUUGUUGUGGGUCUACAAAAGUUGGCAGAAAUGCAUUAGAAUCUGCAU